AUGACGGUAAAAAAUCCAAGUACACCAGCUUUAAAAAUAGAUAGGACUCCAGUAUCCACCCCAGGUGGCCCCAGAGCUAAGGAAGAGAAGAUUGUGGUAACAGUACGGUUAAGGCCUUUGAACAAAAGGGAGCAAUCAGCCAAAGACCAUGUUGCAUGGGAUUGCAUUGAUGAUCACACAAUUGUGUAUAAACCACAGCCUCCCGAGCGUGCAGCUCAAUCAGCUUCCUUCACCUUUGACAAAGUGUUUGGUCCAGCUAAUUUAACUGAAACAGUAUACGAGGAAGGAGUAAAGAAUGUGGCGCUAUCUGCUCUAAUGGGCAUAAAUGCAACAAUAUUUGCAUAUGGCCAAACUAGCAGUGGAAAAACUUACACAAUGAGAGGAAUCACGGAGAAAGCUGUCAAUGAUAUUUAUAAGCAUAUCAUGAAUACUCCAGAAAGGGAUUUUAGAAUAAGAAUAUCUGGACUGGAAAUCUAUAAUGAGAAUGUUCGAGACCUAUUGAAUUCAGAGUCUGGUCGCAAUCUCAAACUUUUAGAUGAUCCUGAGAAAGGAACUGUAGUUGAGAAGUUGGCAGAGGAAACAGCAAAUGACGAUCAACAUCUACGACAUUUGAUCAGUAUUUGUGAGGCUCAAAGGCAAGUGGGUGAAACUGCUUUGAAUGAUACUAGUUCACGGUCUCACCAAAUAAUAAGGCUGACAGUAGAAAGCACUCUUCGUGAAAAUUCAGAUUGCGUGAGGUCUUUUGUUGCUAGCCUGGUAAAAGGCUUGCCUUUCUAUACUUUCCCAAAUGGUUUGAGGAGCUAUAGAUUUAUGCCCAUAACUGUUGAUGUUAAUAAACAUCCUCUGCAGAACUUUGUAGAUCUUGCUGGAAGUGAAAGAGCCUCACAGACAAAUGCAGAUGGUGCUAGGCUUAGGGAAGGGUGUCAUAUCAAUCUUAGUUUGAUGACUCUUACAACUGUUAUCAGGAAACUCAGUGUUGGAAAAAGAAGUGGUCAUAUACCCUACCGAGACUCAAAGCUCACACGCAUAUUGCAACACUCACUUGGUGGAAAUGCACGUACUGCCAUCAUAUGUACCUUGAGUCCAGCAUCAGCCCAUGUUGAACAAUCCCGCAAUACUCUGUUCUUUGCAACUCGAGCAAAGGAAGUGACAAAUAAUGCUCAAGUGAACAUGGUUGUUUCAGACAAGCAGUUGGUUAAGCAUUUGCAGAAGGAAGUAGCCAGACUGGAAGCAGAGCUACGCACCCCAGAUCCAUCAAAUGAAAAGGACUUCAAAAUUCGGCAGAUGGAGAGGGAAAUGGAGGAACUGAGACGUCAAAGAGAUCUUGCGCAAUCCCAGGUGGAUGAGUUACGUCAAAAACUUCAGUAUGAACAACAGGGCUUGAAGCCAUUUGAGUCACCUAAUCCAGUUGUGAAGAAAUGUCUGUCUUUUUCUGGCACCUUAUCACCAAAACGGGAUGGCAAGGAAUCAAACCGUGGUGAUAGAACAAGAAAUACGAUGGGAAGGCAGACCAUGAGACAAUCGUCAACCGCUCCUUUCACACUCAUGCAUGAAAUUAGGAAGCUUGAACACCUCCAGGAGCAGCUGGGAGAAGAAGCAAAUCGAGCACUGGAAGUACUACAGAAAGAGGUCGCUUGUCAUAGACAAGGUAACCAAGAUGCUGCAGAGACUAUUGCAAAGCUGCAAGCAGAAAUAAGGGAAAUGUGUGCAGUCCGAACAGCCACGAAAGAAGUUGAAGUUGACAGUGUUGUUGCUGUUAACAAGAGUGUUAGUGCUAACCUUAAGGAUGAAAUAACCAGACUUCACUCACAGGGAAGCAACAUUGCAAAUCUGGAAGAACAACUUGAAAACGUUCAGAAGUCCAUAGACAAAUUGGUGAUGUCUCUUCCAAGCAAUACUCAGCAAUCUAAUGGUGAAGCAGUUCUGAUGGCCAAUCAGUCAAAAAAGAAGAAGCUACUUCCAUUAGCUUCAAGCAAUGGUGCGAACCUGCAAAACUUCAUAAAAUCUCCUUGCUCACCUCUGUCAUCUUCUCGGCAAGUAUUGGAGUCCGAGACUGAAAACAGAGAUCCAGAAUAUGAUGAUGCUGUAUCAAUAGAAAGUCUGCCAGUAUCUGAUAAAGAGACUCCUAAAAAAAGCGAAGAAGGGGGAGAUGUCACAUCAAAGGAAGGUACUCCUUAUCGACGUUCAAGUUCUGUCAACAUGAGGAAAAUGCAGAAGAUGUUUCAGAAUGCAGCAGAAGAAAACGUAAGAAGCAUACGAACGUAUGUAACAGAGCUUAAAGAACGUGUUGCGAAGCUGCAAUACCAGAAGCAGCUACUUGUUUGCCAGGUGCUUGAACUGGAAGCAAAUGAAGCAGCUGGAUACAAUUUAGAAAAUGAUGACAACAUUCCUGAGAUACAAGAGAAGUCCCCCGUUUCAUGGCAUCUAAUUUUUAGGGAGCAAAGGCAGCAGAUCAUUGAGUUGUGGGAUGUAUGCUANAAUGAAGCAGCUGGAUACAAUUUAGAAAAUGAUGACAACAUUCCUGAGAUACAAGAGGAGUCCCCCGUUUCAUGGCAUCUAAUUUUUAGGGAGCAAAGGCAGCAGAUCAUUGAGUUGUGGGAUGUAUGCUUUGUCUCCAUCAUACAUAGGACACAGUUCUAUCUGUUAUUUAAGGGAGAUCCGGCUGACCAAAUAUAUAUGGAAGUGGAACUUAGGCGCUUGACUUGGCUGCAGCAGCACUUAGCAGAACUUGGCAAUGCUAGCCCAGCUCAUGUCGGAGAUGAGCCUACUAUCUCUUUGUCAUCAAGUAUUAGAGCUUUGAAGCGCGAAAGGGAGUUCCUUGCAAAGAGGUUAACUUCUCGUUUGACUGUCGAGGAGAGGGAUGCAUUGUACAUAAAAUGGGAUGUUCCGCUAGAGGGAAAGCAAAGGAAGAUGCAGUUCAUAAACAAGCUCUGGACGAAUCCCCAUUGUGCCAAGCAUGUACAGGAGAGUGCUGAGAUAGUGGCAAAGCUAGUAGGGUUUUGUGAAGGUGGAAAUUUGUCAAAGGAGAUGUUUGAGCUUAAUUUUGUGCUUCCUUCUGACAAGAGGCCCUGGAUUAUGGGAUGGAACCCAAUUUCAAACCUACUUCAUUUGUGA